GGCUGGAGAUAGGCCGCAGAUGCUGUUGCUGGUCUCCGGACACCUCGUGGGCUGGAGCCCACUUCAGCUUCUCCAGCUGCAGCCCCAGGGAGGGAGCGAGGCUGUGCUCAGCCUGAGAGGGACUGCCUGAGACAGCACGACAGGCUGCUGCUGAGUAGCUUUUCAAAGGGCUGAAUUCCCAGCCAGACACCCCUUGGCCUCUUUUUUUGGGGAGGAGGGGAGUUGUCUCAUCUUGAAAGAUCUGGGCUGGGUUUCAUCUCCUUUUUGAUUUUAAGUAACCUCCUUGAGAAGUGACUUCAAGGUGUUCAUCAAGGAAAGCAGAGUGGUCCUCACGCUGGAAAUGAGAAAGGAUGACAGUUUCUGAGACUGACUGUUAAUGGCUUGGAUGUGCCCCCCGUUCAAAAUGCCUUUUAAAGCAUUUGAUACUUUCAAAGAAAAAUUUUUGAAACCUGGAAAGGAAGGAGUGAAGAACGCCGUGGGAGAUUCGUUGGGGAUUUUACGAAGAAAAAUCGAUGGGACCAAUGAGGAAGCAGAUACUAUUGAACUGAAUGAAGAAGGAAGGCCAGUGCAAACGUCCAGGAAGAGCCCCCGACGCUGCGACUGCCACUGCUGUGGCGUCCCCAAGCGUUACAUCAUUGCCAUCAUGAGCGGGCUGGGGUUCUGCAUUUCCUUUGGGAUUCGGUGCAAUCUUGGAGUUGCCAUCGUGGAAAUGGUCAACAACAGCACUGUGUAUGUUGAUGGAAAACCGGAAAUUCAGACAGCACAGUUUAACUGGGAUCCAGAGACGGUAGGCCUUAUCCACGGAUCUUUCUUCUGGGGUUAUAUUGUGACACAAAUUCCAGGUGGAUUCAUUUCAAACAAGUUUGCUGCUAACAGGGUCUUUGGAGCUGCCAUCUUCUUAACAUCGACUUUGAACAUGUUCAUUCCUUCUGCGGCCAGAGUGCAUUACGGCUGUGUCAUGUGUGUCAGAAUUUUGCAAGGUCUAGUGGAGGGUGUGACCUACCCAGCCUGCCACGGGAUAUGGAGUAAGUGGGCACCACCUUUGGAGAGAAGCCGACUGGCCACAACUUCUUUUUGUGGUUCCUAUGCGGGGGCAGUGAUUGCCAUGCCCCUGGCUGGGGUGUUGGUGCAGUACAUUGGAUGGGCCUCCGUCUUUUAUAUUUAUGGUAUGUUUGGGAUUAUUUGGUACAUGUUUUGGCUGUUGCAGGCCUAUGAGUGCCCUGCAGCUCACCCAACAAUAUCCCACGAGGAGAGGACCUAUAUAGAGACAAGUAUAGGAGAAGGAGCCAACGUGGUUAGUCUGAGUAAAUUUAAUACACCGUGGAAAAGAUUUUUCACAUCAUUGCCGGUUUAUGCAAUCAUUGUGGCAAAUUUUUGCAGAAGCUGGACCUUUUAUUUGCUGUUAAUAAGUCAGCCUGCUUAUUUUGAAGAGGUCUUUGGAUUUGCAAUAAGUAAGGUGGGUCUCUUGUCAGCAGUCCCGCACAUGGUUAUGACCAUCAUUGUUCCUAUUGGAGGACAACUGGCUGAUUACUUAAGGAGCAGAAAAAUUUUGACCACAACUGCUGUCAGAAAAAUCAUGAACUGUGGAGGUUUUGGCAUGGAGGCAACCUUACUCCUGGUGGUUGGCUUUUCCCAUACCAAAGGGGUGGCUAUCUCCUUUCUGGUGCUUGCUGUAGGAUUUAGUGGCUUUGCUAUUUCAGGUUUUAAUGUCAACCACCUAGACAUUGCCCCCCGCUAUGCCAGCAUUCUCAUGGGGAUAUCAAAUGGAGUGGGAACUCUCUCUGGAAUGGUCUGUCCGCUCAUUGUCGGUGCAAUGACCAAGCACAAGACCCGUGAGGAAUGGCAGAAUGUAUUCCUCAUAGCUGCCCUAGUGCACUACAGUGGCGUGAUCUUCUAUGGAGUCUUUGCUUCUGGGGAGAAACAGGAGUGGGCUGACCCUGAGAACCUCUCUGAGGAGAAAUGUGGAAUCAUUGGCCAAGAUGAAUUAGCUGAAGAGACAGAACUCAACCAUGCGAGUUUUGCAAGUCCCCAAAAGAAGAUGUCAUACGGAGCCACCACCCAGAAUUGUGCAGUCCAGAAGAAGGAAUGGAGGGGACAAAGAGGAGUGCCUCUUGAUGAGGAAGAGCUGAUAUCCUACCAGAAUGAAGAGGGAAACUUCUCAGAUACAUCCUAAUGUCUGAGGAGCACUUCUGGCUUCUCCUCACCUUAGAACAAGAAAGUAUCCAUACAUAUUGCCUUGCCCAUAGCCCGGCUUGCCAGAGGGUCAAAUAUGGGGACACUGGAGGUGGGGGAAGGGGGAGAGAUUUAAUUAGCAAUAGAGAAAAGAGAAAUAUUUUCUUGCAAUGGCACUUUUGGGUAUGGAGCUUGCUCUAAGUUGACAAAAUAGGUAUAUAUAUAAUUUUUUUUUGAUUGGUGUCUGACUGUUCUCUCAAAGAACUGAACUUAUUCAGAAAAGAAUGACUAGAAGAAUAAGAGAGAUAAUACUAUGUUUUUCAUAGAAAAAUGGAAGGAAACGAGGA